AUGCAACACCACAAAGUCCAUGCCAAGGCAAUGGCAGCCAUUCCGUACACUUUAUAUCACGGAACGUUUAUUCAUACUCCCGAACUUGAUCGUUUAGAAAUAAUGAAUAAUGCUUUAAUAGGAGUUAAUCAGAAAGGGGAAAUCGACUUUGUUAGCUCUGAGUACGCAGGAGGCAGUCAAGAAGAGGCUAUUAUGUUUUUUGAGCAGAAAACAGGUGAAUCACAUAGUCAAUUUAAAUAUGUGGAUACCUCCAAAGAUCCAUUAAAGUUCUUCCUUCCAGGAUUUAUAGAUACACACAUCCACGCGUCGCAGUACCCCAAUGCUGGAAUUGGUCUCGAGUCGCUGCUUCUCGACUGGUUGACAGAUUAUACUUUUCCCAUGGAAGACCAGUUCACAGACACAAACAGUGCUAAGAUAGAACUUGCUAAGAAAGUCUACAGUAAGGUGAUUGACCGAACCUUACGAAGCGGUACCACUUGCGCAUCAUACUUUACUACUACCGAUCCUCAUACUUCCAAUAUUUUUGCCGAUUUAUGCUUGAAAGCUGGACAAAGAAGCUUUGUGGGGAAAGUCUGCAUGGACCACAACGAAACGUACCCUAGCUACGAAGAAAGUUUCGAAGAAUGCCAGGACUCAAUGAGCUCUAUGGUCAAGUACAUCUCUUCUAUUAAUCCACACAAUGAGACCUUGGUGCGCCCCAUUGUCACUCCACGGUUUGCUCCAGUGUGUUCUCGCAAACUAUUAAAAUGGCUUGGAUCUUUUGCUUCAGAACACAACUUGCCCAUCCAGACACAUAUUGGUGAAAACAAGAACGAGAUUAAACUUGUGGCCGAUUUGUUUCCUGAAUGUGACAACUAUGCUUCAGUCUACUCCGACCAUGACCUCCUCACGAACACCACCAUCUUGGCUCACGCUGUACAUUUGACCAAAGCUGAACGGCUGUUGAUCAAAAAACAUCUGUGCUCAGUUUCACAUUGCCCUACUUCGAACUCGUUUCUCACCAGUGGAGAAGCACCCGUUAAGCAGUACUUGCAUGAAGACAAGAUCAAUGUAUCAUUAGGCACUGACGUUUCUGGUGGAUUUGACUCAUCCAUACUUACUAUUAUUCGCCAGGCUAUCUUGGUUUCACAUCAUUUGGCCAUGAAAUCAAACGAUGAAACCGACGUCAAGCUCACCAUUCCUGAGGCCAUCUUCAUGGCCACGAAAGCCGGUGCAAAGGCUGUUGGUUUAGAACAUCAAAUUGGCACAUUUGAAAAGGGGAAGCGAUGGGAUGCGCAAUUGAUAGACUUGAACUCGCCCAACUCAAUCAUAGACAUUUUUGAUUGGCAAAUUAAGAAGGACCGAAAGAGUAUGAGUGAUCUUUUAGGCAAGUGGAUUUUUAGCGGAGAUGAUAGAAACUGCAUCAAAGUUUGGUGUAAUGGUAGACUAGUUGUUGACAAGACUGUGGAUGAAUGGGUGUUCAUCAAGCACUAA